UUUCACCCAACAUACCGGAAUCACAUAAUGGCGAAAGCACAGAAGCCGCAGCAAUGGCCUCCGUACCCUCACAUCCCCAUCUAUCUUGAGACUACCGAUGAUAUCGGCACUGCUCGGUCUUAUCGCUCAAUCUCACCCAUACUGUCUGGACCAGGACGAUUUGCGCAGAAGCAAUCUUCUAUCCAUUACCUUGCAGCCGCCUCUACUCAGUUCACAAAUGUCUCAACGAAUGUUUCUCCUGUUUCUCCUGCUACCCAAUUCACAAAUAUCUCUCCUAUCUGGCCCAUUCCUGAACCUCAUCUACCGCCCCCACCGGAAGUUACCCUGCAACCCUCUCAACGCGUCGCGCUGCGAUUUUUCCCCACUGCGAGACCACGCAUUCAGCUCGAGAAACCGUUACCACCAAAGAAAGACUGCGGUAGUGCCAAGGUUCCGAACUCAGGAGAAGCAGAGGGAUUGGGCAUACGCGCUGCCCCGACAGAAACCGUACGACACUCUUUUCCUUCCGUAUCGAAUCUGUCAAUAUCCCCUGUCGACGACAACGCCGAACCUCCCGAGAAUCUUGCUCAGAGGAUCGAGCGAAAACUAUGGCGAUAUAGUUCAUCUGGGAAUGUAAUCAAGAGAUGGCUCCUCGAAAUAAUCAGUUGGUGGGUUAGUGCCAUAUGUAUGGCCAUCAUUGUCGGCACUUUGAUCCGUUACCGCGAGCAGAAGCCGCCACGCUGGAUAAGUGGGCUCACUUUGAAUACCUUUAUCGCCGUGUUGUCGAAGAUCUCAGGUGCAGCUCUAAUCUUGCCAAUUUCAGAAGGGUUGGGGCAGCUGAAAUGGAGCUGGUUCAGAGGUGACUCAAAAAGAAUGUGGGAUUUCGAGAUCUUCGACAAUGCAUCAAGAGGACCGUGGGGUUCUUUUCUACUUCUUAUCCGGACUAAAGGCAAAGCGCUCGCAGCUCUUGGAGCUCUAGUUACGCUAUGCUGUUUAGCACUCGAUCCAUUCUUCCAGCAGGUUGUCGAUUUCCCCGAACGGUGGACUUUACAAACGGUCAGUUCUAUUCCGCGAGUAGUUCGAUAUGAGCCAAAGUUUGGUAUCGAGUACAGGAAUUCAUUAGAACUAGGUCGGCAAGAUCUCGAUGUAAGAGCAGUCGCCGAAAAAUUCUUUUACGACAAUGGCACACAACCAAUGCUGCUCGGAAAUGGAACGCGUCCUGAAAUCCCUCUCUCGUGUCCGACCAGCAACUGCACAUAUCCCGAGUACGACUCGCUUGCUGUAUGUAGUCAGUGCGCUGAUGUUUCCGACAUGCUAUCGUUCAAAUGUCUGAAUACCACUGUUGACUGGAUUGGGAAUCUCACCGGCGGGGCCUCGGCAGUCUUCCCAAACGGAACCAUGUGCGGAUACUUUUUGAACAACACGAUGAUGUCAGGAUAUAGUCUCGAUGUUGGAAAGCCAUGGGCUAACGAGACUCUUCUCAUGCGGUCAUUACCACUGAUCAAUCUCUCAACGAAAGAACCCAUGUACGGAAAUGGAUCAAUCAACUUCAAAGAUAUACGCAAUCCUGUUAUGGACAUUAUAGUGGUCAGAGCAAAAGACGGAACAGUUGAUAGUGUACGUCGCAAUGAGCGGCCCUUAGCUCACGAGUGCGUGAUUUCUUGGUGUGUCCAAACUAUGAAGUCUUCAUACGCUUAUGGCGCUUAUGAAGAGACCGUCGUACGCACGGUGCACAACAACAGCCAAGGACCAUUUCCAUGGAGAUCUGAGACAACUGCCAUUGGAACAGCUAUGUAUUACCUGGAGGAUCCUCUCAUCGACCCUGCAGCGAAGGGAUAUAAUAGCACCGACGUCUUUGGAGUUCCAAACAUUGCGCAUCGGUACACUGUUGCGAUCUUCGAUGACAUCUUCCCUUCUUGGAUUACAGUAGCCAACUCAAGCAGCACACCUCUCAUGCGUUUCAAAAACUAUCUUUCACUAGUUUCCACUAGGACUCUUGAAUUCGAUCCAUGGCUGACGAAUGACAUGAGCAACCAUUUUGGAAGGCUAGCUUCUGCUAUGACUAAUGCCAUUCGUUCAUCGUCAAGCAAGGUAUUGAUUUACGGUGAUGCAUACGAUAAAGAGAGCUACGUUGCAGUUCGCUGGGAAUGGCUCUCAUUACCGCUAGGCCUUCUCCUUCUCACAGCAAUAUUCUUGGUAGCAACGAUUGUGAAAACAACAAAGGAGAAAGAUGAAGUCGGUGUUUGGAAGACUUCAGCGAUCGCUACACUUCUUUAUGGCCUUCCGGAUGAUAUGCAGAGAAAGAUCAAUGCAUCCGAUGGCGAGGGUACACCAAGAGCGAAAGCCAAGCAUCUGAAAGUUAAAUUGCUACCAAAGAAAGGCUGGCGGGCCUCAGGGAAUUUGUUUUCUCCAAUAACACCCAAGACUGGACGAACUGAACCACCACCUGGAUGGGUAUGA